AUCAUUUACUCAAAUUGAAUAAAGUGCAAAAUAAAUCCAUAUCUCCAUUUAAUGAAGGAACUUCGUAAUUAGUUCAUCUGAAAUCCUCGAAUGGUUUCAUUCGUUUUUCUUACCAUUUAUUGUUCAACUUGGUGACAUUGGGCACAGUGCAAAUAGCAAAUUUGAUCGAAAUUUGCGUCAUUCAUACGACAGACAAUUCGGAGAGCUCUUCGAAUCUUUCUCAGACGUUUAAUAACCAUGAAAAGCAAGCAAUUGUAGCAGUUUGAUCGAGAGUAGCAAACACUCUGGACGUAGGCUCGGCAUUGGUCAUUAAAAUCACAAUCUUAUUGUCAGUGAUAUUUCAGUGGCAGUGGAAUAAAGUGAAAAUUUAUAGUUUUAAUUACUUCAAUGAGGGACUUGAUCGAUUGCGCAGAUAAUUGAGGCGAACUUCCACAAAAAAAAACUACAACUGAACGAAAAUGAAAAUUAGUGCAAAGUGUUGCAAGGAAACGGAAUGUCUCCCGAAAAAUGAAUGUUUCGGUAGUGAAAGUGCGAGUACACCGAGUUUUUUCUCUUUGUACCGUUUUGCCUCGCGAUGGGACUUAAGCUUAUUAUUCAUUGGAGUAUUUUUCACAUUCAUCAAGUCAUGUGCCUUUCCGAUGAUGGUAAUCAUUUAUUCCGAAUUCACGACUCUUCUCGUGGAUCGUACGUAUGGAAUCGGAACGAGCACACCGACUUUAUUCCUCAAAUGGUUCGGAGGCGGACAUGUAUUGACAAAUGCAACUGUCGACGAAAACAAUGCAGAAAUUAUAAACGAUUCGAUUGCUUUCUUGAUUCUAUCAUUGAUUCAAUCAACUGUUCAAUUAAUUGCCGGAAUUAUUUGCGUCGACUGUUUCAAUCAGGCGGCAAUCAAUCAAGUCACUCGAAUUCGAAUCGCGUACUUUACAUCACUCAUGCGACAAGAUAUCAGUUGGUAUGACAUCGAGAAAGGGAAAUCGAAUUUUGCUACGCGACUCGCUGAAGACAUCGAAAAAAUAAAGACUGGCAUUGCAGAGCAAGUUAGCCACUUUCUCAAUUUGAUUUUGGUGUGCGUAUUCAAUGUUGUUAUGUCAUUCAUUUAUGGAUGGGAAUUGACGCUGGUUGUUGUCUCAUAUAUACCGAUAUUAUGCAUAAUGAAUCUGCUUAUCACUAAGUUUCAAGCAAUAUCAUCCACGAAAGAGCUCAAUGCAUAUGCAAAGGCAGCCAAUGUUGUUGAAGAGGUGCUGGGCGGCAUUCGAACUGUUUUCUCGUUUGGCGGCGAAAAAAUCGAGGUUGAACGAUACAAAAAGCACUUGCUACCUGCUGAAAAAGCCGCUAAGAAAAAGGGAAUCUGUGCAUGUAUUGGUGACGCUGUGACGCGCUUGCUUUAUUUUACUACCUGCUCCAUUUCAUUUUGGUUUGGAGUUCAAUGGGUACUGGACGAUCGAGAAAAAGAAAAUAAAAUUUACACAGCAGCAGUUCUAAUGACGGUUUUUAAUGGCUUGAUUACUGCUGCUGAUAACUUAGCUCGACUGCCGCCGUAUUUGGAGAUUUUUGCAUGUGCACAAGGAUCAGCAAAAAAUAUUUUUGCAGUAGUUGACCGCAUAUCGCAAAUCAAUCCAAUGUGCAUUGGUGGAAAAAUGUUGGAUUUAACUAAAGUCAAAGGGAACAUUGAAUUUAGAAAUCUUUUCUUCAGCUAUCCAUCUCGACCCGAUGUACAGAUAUUGAAUGGCUUGAAUUUGAAAAUCGAAGCCGGCCAAACGGUGGCGCUGGUCGGUAAUUCGGGUAAUGGAAAGUCAACUUGUUUGCACCUUUUGCAACGAUUCUACGAUCCAGAUAGAGGUGCCGUGCUUAUCGAUGAUUGCGACAUUCGUGAGUUGAAUAUCAAUUCGUUGCGGUCAAGUAUCGCGAUUGUCAGUCAAGAGCCGGUACUGUUUUCAAUGACAAUCGGUGAGAAUAUUCGCUACGGCAACCCAAGUGCAACCAAUCAACAAAUUAUAGCUGCGGCAACAAGUUCGGGCGCACAUGAUUUCAUAGCCCGUUUACCACAGGGCUACAACACAAUGGUCGGUGAGAGUGGUUCACAGUUCUCGGGCGGACAGAGACAGAGAAUCGCCAUUGCUCGUGCUCUCAUUCAAAACCCGAAAAUUCUGCUUUUGGAUGAGGCCACCUCGGCACUCGACUAUCAUUCGGAAAAGUUUGUACAAGAAACACUGGAUCGGGUGAGUGAAGGGCGAACCACAUUCGUUGUAUCGCAUCGAAUGUCUGCCAUUAAAAAUGCCGACCGCAUCGUAUUCAUUGACAAAGGACAAGUCAUCGAAGACGGAACUCACAGCGAAUUGAUCGCAUCGCGAGGACGAUAUUACGAAAUGGUAAAAUCCACACACGACGAUCUCGAACGAUCUAGUAGCAUCCAAUGUGAGGAAAAGCAAAGUCAUAGUCAAGCUAGCGAAACGAGGCGGUACAGUGAUAUCAGGUAUCAUGAAUUUACAUUGGAAGGGGCAGGAGAGGACAAUGAACCAGAGAAAGAUUCGGUCAAAUAUUGGAAGAGUUUCAAACGUAUUCUUAGACUUUUUAAGCCAGAUUGGGUUAUUGUAACCAUUGCUAUAGUUUCAUCCAUUGUGUUGGGUCUCUCACUUCCACUUUUUGCCGUUGUUUUCGCAGAAGUGUAUGGCACAUUGUCAAUUCCUGAUCGAAGUGAAGCAUCCAACACCAUCCUCACCCUGUGUUUGAUAUUUCUUGGUCUGGGAGUUGUUAUGUUCAUCAUGGCAAUCACGCAAACACUGUUAUUGGCCAAAGCUGGCGCUAGAUUGACACAACGGCUUCGAUUAAUGACGUUCGCAGCGAUGAUGCGUCAAGAAUGCGGGUGGUUUGAUAAGGAAGAACAUGCCGUUGGAAUUUUAUCAUCAUAUUUAAGCGGGGAUGCAGCUUGUGUUCAAACUGCAUUCGGUUUCCCAUUGAGCAUGAUUCUGCAGGCUUUUUCAACCAUUAUCUUUGGAAUGAUCAUUGCACUUGCUACAUCGGCUAAAUUGGCAGCCGUCAGUUUAACAUCUUUUCUCUUUAUGGUACCAAUUGUAUUAUUAGAAGCAAGAAACACGUCCAAAUCGGAAUUGGCAGAAAAGGAUGCAAUCGCAUGGGGGAUGAAGAUAGCGGCUGAAGCGAUUUUAAAUAUCCGAACUGUUGCCAGCUUAAGACAAGAAAAUUCGACAAUUUCACGCUUUGCUAGAGAAAUGGAAAAUGUUCAAAGGAUCGCAAGGAAGAAAAUUGUUUGGCGAGGACUAUUGAACUCCGUCACGCAAGCCGUUUCAUUUGGAAUUACAUAUGGUUUUGCCUUAUCCUACGGAGGAUAUAUGGUCGCAACGGGAGAGAUUCACUACAAAGAAGUCAUAAGAGCGUGCGAGGCUUUAAUUUAUGGCGUUUACUUAAUGAGCCAAAUGUUAGUCUUUGCUCCCACUAUCACAACAGCCUUUACGGGAGCUCAUCGUUUAUUCAAAAUUAUUGACCGUGCCCCAUUGGUUGAUUCACCAAAUAUCGCAAACAAAAGUAGAAAAGCAGAUAAACGGAAUAACAUCAAAUUCAAGCAUAUCGAAUUUCGAUAUCCAACUCGGCCAGAUGUUCAAAUUUUAAACGGAUUCAAUUUGCGUAUUAUGGAAGGGAAGACUGUGGCGCUGGUUGGACCAUCAGGCUGUGGUAAAUCGACAUGCAUCCAACUAUUGCAACGACUGUACGAUCCGGAACAAGGGCGCAUUCACAUCGGUCUCGAUGAAAUAUCCAGUGACAUUGCUUUGAAAGAUCUGCGAUCAAAGCUCAGUAUUGUGUCUCAAGAACCAACUCUAUUCGAUAGAACCAUAGCUGAGAAUAUCGCGUACGGUGAUUGUAGUCGAAAAGUGACAAUGGACGAAAUCAUCGACGCCGCCAAAAUUGCAAACGCACACAAUUUUAUUGUUCAGUUACCUCAGGGAUACGACACAAAUGUGGGCAGCAGAGCCACUCAACUCUCUGGAGGACAAAAGCAACGCAUUGCCAUUGCUCGAGCACUCAUUCGCAAUCCGAAGAUCUUACUUCUCGAUGAAGCGACAUCGGCUCUGGAUCUGCACAGCGAAAAAACCGUUCAAGUAGCAUUGGACUCGGCUCGAUCAGGACGAACUUGCAUAACCAUUGCUCAUCGUCUCAGCACAAUACAGAACGCAGACAUCAUUUGCGUUGUUCAAAGCGGCAGGAUAGUCGAAUCGGGCUCCCACACCGAAUUGCUCGCAUUGAAUGGAAUCUACACUCGUUUGUACAAUGCUCAGAAAUAAUUAUAAACUCAAGCCCGAAAAUAUAAUCUGAUCGCCUGAGCGUCUUGAUGUAUCAAAUUGUAUUAUAUUUGUUUAUAUAGAUUGAUAUGAACAUUCUUGAUUCACUUGUGUAUAAUAUUUUUAGAAUAAAGAUGUAGAGAAAAGACAAAA